CCCCAAUACAAAAAAAAAUUUACUUAAUUGUUAAGUUGCUACAAAUGCAACGAAAAGUCAUAUUCAAUUUCUUCCCAAAUUCUCCAAAUUUCAGUUUUCUACCAUAUUACGCUAACACAUCAACCUUUAUAAAUACUAACCCACAGAUAUGCACAGAACCAGAAAUUUAUCACUACAGGCGAUUUUCUUGAUUUUCAUCUUUCUAAUCAAAAUGGCAGAUUCUGUUCCUUCCCCAGCCGCUGAUUCCUCCACUUCAGCGGUUCAGAUCGUCUACAUGGAGAGACCAGAGAAUGAGGAUCCUGAGGCCUACCAUAUCCGGACCCUCUCCUCCGUUCUCGGCAGUGAAGAGGCUGCAAAGGAGGCUUUGGUUUACAGCUACAAAACGGCUGCUAGUGGAUUCUCCGCCAAGCUCACACCUGCGCAGGUGGAGCAAAUUUCAAAACAACCAGGCGUUCUUCAAGUUGUCCCCAGCAAGACACUUCAGCUGCAUUCAGAACCUGGAAGGUUUCAUCUGCAUUCAGGACCAGGAAGGUUGAACUAAACUGCAUGAUACUCACUACUACUACUAAUAAGUAUUUUAUCAAAUACAUCUGUGUAUAAACAAGUUGGUGUCCUAAUCUAUGUUCUUUCUGCAAAGUGUUGUGCUCUAGGAAAGCUUUGGAUCUGAAUUAUGUACGUACUUCUUUCUUGUGUUUCCAUAUACUGUAGUCUGCAUUUGUGCUCUACCUUUUGGUUUAUACUUAAUGCAUUUGGAUCUAAUUUGUGUCUAUACAUAUUAUCAAAAUGUGAACUAUGACAUUUGAAUAA